AUGAAAGCCGUAACCGUGGUUGUGGUCGCGGUCGCGGCUGGCAUCGCCUUGGUGCAAAGCCACUUCCAGAUGGCUCCCUGUGCCCGGUCUUGUAUCCAAAAGGCACUGCCUGAAGUUGGGUGCACGGGAAUGGAUAAGGAGAUUGCCUUUUGUCUCUGCCGGCCUCGCACCAAGUCCAAACUCGUGGACCCCGUUGCUCAGUGUGCUACCCAAACCGGAUGCUCUGCCGCCGACCUCCUCAGGGCUCAGUCUAUUAUUGACUGGCGCUGUCAGAAUGUACAUCCUGGAUCGUUUUCCGAGGCCACCUUUGACGCGCCAGAAUCUGCAAGCUGGCGCCAAACAACACAGACAUCGCAGCCGGUCCCAUCCAGCAGUUCGACGAGCACUCCGACAAGCGCUCCGGCGAGUACGCCAACCGAGAGUUCAACGGCAAUAUCGACAGCCUCUGGAAACUCAGGACUUUCUACCGGUCUCGUCUUAGCCAUCACUUCCGCCGUUGUAGCUGCCCUCGGCUCUCUCAUGGGGGCAUUCUGGUGCUACCGUCGACGCCACCGACCCGGGGCAUCUUCAGAUCAAGUCCGCAAUGGACCGUUGGAGGAAGAGAAAGAUGGCCAUCCUAUACGGUCUGGGCAUAAUGAGCUGUUAGGUUCGACAGAGAUGGCCCACGAGAUGGAUUUAUACGUGCCACGGCAACCAGCGCCUGCUGGGUUGAGUAGAAAAGUUUACGAAAUAGAUUCGACUCCUCUCCGAAUGGUGCGGGGGAGUUCAGCGCCAGAGGGAGGCCAAACUCUUCCCAAUGCAGCUCCUCCUGGCUCCCCUCGAGGUCCCCCACGAGCAGACAGAAUGAAGUGUCAGACUCUAGAUGAUAUGCAGACAACAACAGCCGCAAACGGAGAUCAAGAUACUCCCCGGCUAGAGGCCCUCCAGAAGAGACGUGUAAUAUUAGCAGAGGAGCGACAGUACCUGCAACGAGUACACGAGAUAGAGUGCGAGGACAAGAGACUUGAACAGCAAAUCAGUGACCUCACACAGCAACAUCCCAGCUCUCCCUUGGAAAAGUAG